AACUGGCCGGGUCUGGCCCUCUCUCUUCAGCUCCUUGCGUUGCCUGCCCCGCAAGCCACAACGUCACAAGGCAGUGAGGCACCCAGUUGCCAACGUCGAAGGCGGUGAUCUUUUCAUCUCCGGUGUUCGUGGAUGAAGAAGUGCAACGCAUUUGAGAGGAUUCAUUCAUAGGUCUCCGAGUCACGAAUCUAGUAAAUUGAACGCCUGUCUAUUGUGUAUAGAAAUAGAUCUCAUUGGGUCAUCCACUGAAGAGCACCCUGUUACUCCUCAACAGAUGACACCGACGACCUACGUCUUGCUCUUCCUCAUCGCAUUAGGAGGCAUGGGGCCCCGAUGUCCGGUUUUGGCGGAAAGCGAAGACCUCCCUGCAGAUGGCUCUCCUGGAGAGGGCGAUGUCGGGACAGACUCGUUGGCAUCGUCUGAGAAUAAUGUCGGUGCCAAGAUCAACGUCAACACUCGGGAAGUGUCUCGCCUCCUCCACCUCUUCCAAAAGCUCUUGGAUUUCGUGAGUGAGAAUCCUUGUUUAGAGAAGGCACUUGGUAAUGAAGUUUCAGCAGUCAUGGCCGAUGGCUUCAAAGAAGCAGCAGAGAGUCUGAAGGAAGCCCAACGUUCGUUUGCCCAUCUGAGGCUGGCUGCUUGGAGGAUCAAAUUUGCCAAGAGUAUGGACAUCCCUAAUAUGAAUAGAGACAAGCCUUGUCCUCUGCCCUUCUUCAUGCUAGAUGGUGAAUGCAUCUUCUUUGAAACAAAAGUGAAGAGAACCUUCGAGGUUGCUAAGGUUGCCUGCACCGUCAUGGGAGGGUUCCUUGCUGAACCUUCAAACCUAGAAGAAUUUUCCAAACUCACAGAGAAAAUGCUUCAUGGAAGAAAUGCUGAAGUGUACAUUGGUGGAAAGACUCAUAGUGCAGGUGAACCUUGGAAAUGGGUAACUUCUGGGGAAGAAAUCAAUGAAGAAGGCUGGAGGACAGAUAACAUUACUGUAGUGGAUGACACACCCACCUGUCUGGUUACCAAAAAAUCUGAGUAUCAUGGAAUUCCUUGUUUGCACAGGAGAAUGUAUGCUUGCGAGAUUGCUAUUCCAUCCGAAGGUGAUGUUCCAUCCGAAGGUGAAGUUUAGAAAAUCCUGACACUGCUUCUGAAGAUUUAUGUUUAAUUUACCAGGAAUCAAGUCAGUAUUAUGAGUACUAUAUUAAUUCCAUUGUGUGAAAAAUUCCCCUUAUAAAAAGCAAAUCCCUUUCUGUACACGUACUAUAGUAAUGUGUUAUAAAUAUGUUCUCUCUUAAUACGUACUUACAGUGUUAAAGUGGGUUGAAGUAAGGAGCAACUGAAGUAACAUAUGAACAUUAUGUUCAUUCACUUUCUUGUAAUGUAUUUAAAGAAUUAUUCUUUCAUUCCUUUAAAAUUUUUAACACGCCAGUGUUUUAAAGUUCAUGGAUUAUAUUUUCUCCCAUUUUCUAAGUCAAAAUAAAAUUAAUGCAAAAAUGCGAUGCACAAUGCUA